AAAAAAAAACCUCGUCUCCUUUCUAAGUUCUAACAAACCUCACUCACUCUGCGAAAAACAAUGGAGCAAAUCAAGCAUACAUACGUCGAAGUCAACGGGUUAAAACUCCAUGUGGCUGAGAUCGGAUCCGAUUCAUCGCCGGCGGUGGUUUUUCUUCACGGAUUUCCGGAGAUAUGGUACACGUGGCGCCAUCAAAUGAUUGCCGUUGCAAACGCCGGUUUCAGAGCGAUUGCACCCGAUUACAGAGGAUACGGACUAUCCGACAUCCCCCAACAACCCGACAAGACCUCUUUCGUUGAUUUGGUCAACGACACUGCAUCCAUCCUAGAUUCUCUCGCCAUUUCUAAGGUGUUUGUGAUCGGUAAAGAUUUUGGAGCAAUGGUUGGUUACACAUUUGCACUUCUUCAUCCUGAAAGAGUUGCAGGAAUAGCAACACUUGGGGUGCCAUUUAGACCCCCUGGUUCUCAAAAGAGUCAUCAACUCCUCCCUGAAGGUUUCUACAUUCGAAGAUGGCAGGAACCAGGAAGAGCUGAGGCUGAUUUCGGGCGGUUUGACGCGAAAACAGUGGUGAGAAACAUCUACAUUAUGUUCUCUAGAAGUGAGAUACCGAUAGCCGGUGAAAACCAGGAGAUAAUGGAUCUUGUUGACCCGUCGGAUCCGCUACCCUCUUGGUUCACGGAGGAGGACCUUUCAGCAUAUGGGGACUUGUAUCAGAAGUCUGGAUUUCAAACCGCACUCCAGGUUCCUUACCGGUCAUUCAAAGAAAAAAUUGAGUAUCCAAAACAAGGUUCAAGUGAUCCGAAAAUUGUAGCUCCGGCACUAUUCAUCAUGGGCGAGAAAGAUUACGUGUUCAAGUUCCCAGGAACGGAGGAAUACUUGAAGAGCGGGGGGAUGAAGAAAUACGUGCCAAAUUUGGAAAUCGUAUACUUGCCUGAAGGUAGUCACUUUGUCCAAGAACAAUUCCCGGAUCAGGUUAAUCAGCUCAUACUCGAUUUUCUCGAUCACAACAAGUAUUAGUGCUUCCUCUGUACCCAUGUUAAAUAAAGCUUCGGUUAAUGUAAUAUAAAACCGAUCGUUUGGUUAUUUUCAGUUGAUUAUAUAAAAUGGUUUGGUUCUGUUAACUGAGCAUAGGGUUUGACAAAAGA